UGAACAUGGGCCUAUGAACAUGGAAUUGCCGAGUGAUCUGCACCAGAUUUUUGUCUCGCUACAGGUACUGGGCAACUUGCUGAACCGGGCGCGUCGCGGGAAGAAUCGGUUGUCUCGGGAUGAUCUCCGGGUAUUCCCGGGAUCAUCGGGAUGGGCCGGCAGUCCGCUGAGUCCAGCGAGUCCGCAGCUGUCCAUCAGCCCAACUACAUGCUCCCCGUCUACACGAGUCACCCAUCAACGCCACAGGCAGCGGUUCUAUCCCUUGCUCAAGCGGUCGAGAGCCUAUCUACUGGGACGCCUCGGGUCAUCGACGACAUGGUGCGACGUGCGUGGUGACACCUCACUCCGAGCGGCUUUCCUGGUGUUCCGGGAUCUCUCUGCGAUAGACUGCUUGGUCGACCCUUCUUCGGCUAUUGGCCCCUCACAUCCCACUCUCAUGUCCCUCUCCGGACCUCAAUGUUUGUCACGCGCUGGGCUCCGCGUGACCCCGUCGUUGAGCUCUGUACGACGCAGUCUCCUCUCACGUGGACCUCUUUCCAGGCUGGCACUAACUCUGCCGACGUCAGCUGCCCCAAACUCUAUAGCCAGAAUAUCGGCUACCAUGGUCCGUGCUGGCAGAAUGGCUGAUGUGGGGUUGUCCUGUCCUUCAUUUCGCACUGCAAUUCGCUUGGGGCCGCUCAAAGCUCGCGGCUUUGAAACCCUGAACAAGUCGAUAACCUCCUCACCCUUUUGCUGCAGCUUCGACCGACAGCCGCGGCACACUAUCACUGGUAUCAUCUCGGGUGCAUUCUUGGCUUGUCCCCAGCACGCCCAGUGUCAGGGCUGGACCGCCUAUUGGCUGCAGUACGUGCUCUAUAGCAUCCGCUUGUUUGUCCCUCCGCCAGCGUGUCCACGAGCAAUCGCGAUUCCAGUCAGUCGUGCCACUGAUCCACGCCUCGGCGCGCGCGGGCAACUGGGAUCUGCCCGGUGUCUUUCAGACCGUUUCGGCUACUUACCCACGGACGGCCUGCCACGGUGGACAUUCUGUUAUCGUCGCAGAAAAGAAGCCGAUUUGCAGAUGCGCGGAGGGUGGACCGCAGACUGCGAGGAUUGUCCCCGAUUUCUGCGGCUGCCGCAGGAAUCGAAGCGAGAAAUAGACUCUCAGCUUUCAACAAUGUGUGCUGAUAAGACUCUGCGGUGACGUACCGGCAUAACUAAAGCAUUCCGUUGUGAUUGCACGUACCUUACAAAACACUACGUAUUAGCCUUUGGUGAUGCACCCAUUUCCGAUAUCUAGGCGACGGAACUUGUUGAUGCUCGGCUUGCCCGUGCUUGCUCGAAUCCGAUGUGAGUCAGUGCGCGUCGCGCUACAGUCCAACUAUUUGGAGGAGAGAUAUCGGUGUCUUCAUGAGCAAAUGACAUUGACAUUGGGAUUUUGAAGCGUUUCUUGCGGGCGCAGGGAACGUAAAGAAAGCCGCCAAGCGACGCUUGGACAGUGUGCUGAGAACGACUCUCAUCGAAUCGCAGAUCAAAUGCAUGGAUCUGCGACUGCUAGAGUGCAUUAUAUAAGGA